AAGACGAUGACAGACCCCCUUCAGCAAUCAAUUCCAGUGAACCCAUAAAAGAAACACCUAAAAUCGAACUAAACGAAACAUCUAAAUCGGACAGCUUCUUAACCAGAAUAAAAAGAAGUGUCUCCCUAUCCGCUGUAUCUGUAACGAAUCUAGCAAAUUAUUUCGAAACACAGAAUACUCAAAACCAAAGAAGAAGUACUUUUUACUUGACUGAUCCAAUAAAUAUUGACGACAUUAAAGGGGACAUUAAAGAUGAUUCCGUUUCGGUACAUUCGAUCAUGUCUGCUAGUCCUAAAUGUAAAGUUACGAGGCCCAAGAUGCCGCCCCCACCCGUGCCAGCCAGAAAUAAAGAUAAAGAAACGAAGAAACCAAUUUACCAACAACCACUGCCGAUAAUCAGCAAUUCAGAAAUAAACAAGAACAGGAGAUCUUCUUGGUACACGAAUGCCGAACCAGAUCCACAAGUUCAAAACAAAAAAACCUCCUGGUACACCACUUCCGGUCUCUAUUCCAAAACGUUACCAUCGAAAACUAAACAGAUCAAAGAAAAAUUAAAAAACCAAAAACAUACAACGUCAAAGACGAGCAUCUACAAGGAACCAGUCAAUAAUAAAAUGUUUUCGAGUGUGAUUCAAGAGCUGAGUGUUAAGUUGAACAAAAGCAACAACGAACAAAAUAAUAAUAAUAAUAAUCACGUCGAUGAAAUCGAAAGUAAUUACAACAAUCAGAGCGUGUAUAGUUUAAGCAGUAAUGAUUCCAAAAAGGAUGAUUCUUCGGUAACUUAUUCUAAAAAUGACAUAACGUUCUUGGACGAUGAACCUCUUUAUCAAUUUUACGAUGCAUCUUUGUUCGAUUCCGCCUACGACGACAUGCCAUCCGAUUUCGACUCGGACAUCUACGAAGACAUGGAAGAAAUGAACGAAAAUUACAUUUCUUCGAGUAUAGUUGACCAAUCGGAUCAGCAAAACAAUUCUGUGUCCCGAACGAUUUCGUUCAACAGAAGUUUAUGGUGCGAAAUUCCCGAAGUUGUCAAUUCAGCUGUUUUGAGUACGCUAAGUCCUCAACAGAAAAAACUGCAAGAAGCCAAAUUCGAGAUCAUCACCUCCGAAGCAUCAUAUUUGAACUCGCUGAACGUGCUAUUGAAUCACUUCGAGACAAAGUUCAAAAAUUCUAACAUAGUGAACGAGAAAGAACUGAAUAUACUUUUUGACAGAAUUAAAGAUGUGAGAGCUUGUUCGAAAAAGAUUCUUCACGAUCUCGAGAAAUGUUGGCAAAAUAAUAUUCUACUUGAUGGCCUUUGCGAUCUCAUACAGAGGCAUGCAGAAGAAAACUUUCAAGUUUAUAUUCCUUAUUGCGAGAACCAAAUUUCCAUUAGUGAAACGUUAAACAAACUCAAGGAAAGAGCAGAUUUCUCAGAAUUCUUGACUCAAUUGGAAUCUAGUCCCACUUGCCAGUUUUUAUCUUUAUAUUCAUUUCUAAUGUUACCAAUGCAACGAGUAACUCGGUGGCCUCUGCUGGUAGACGCAAUUCUCAAGAGACUGUCUGAAUCCGACCCUGAAUAUCUCACGUGCCAAUAUGCGUUAGCAACUUUAAACAAGACUGUAACCCAAUGCAACGAAGCAGCUAGAAAGAAGGAACAAGAAAUCGAACUUAGACAAAUUUCCGAGUCAUUAGAUUUCGAAAAGGACGUACCACUCAUUAGUAUAGAAACUCCUGGAAGAGUCCUCGUUCGAUCAGGCUCCAUGAUUUGUUAUCAACCUAGAAACGAGGAUACCCGAAUGACUUUCGGAAGACGAUUCAGCAAAGUUACACUGAAUUUGUUUCUGUUCAGUGAUUUGUUUAUUGUCACCAAGAAGAAAAGUGAAACUUCCUUCACGGUUCUCCAUUACUGUCCGAGAAAUAUGAUAGAACUCAGAAGUUUAGACAUGUUUCCAAGUCUAAUGAAAAAAGACGCUCAGGACAAACACCUGCUGUAUCUGUCAAUUUUGGAAAAUCAACAAGGAAAAGUUGCCGAAUUUUUGCUGUCAUCUUCGACGGAAUCGGAGAAGGAGCGAUGGAUCGAGGCGUUCACUCCCCCCAAAUCCGAAAAUCCAGACGAGACGUUAUACGAAUGCUGGGAUUGUCCGCAAGUGACGGCUUUGCACAACUACAAUGGCUGCCAGCCUGAUGAAUUAUCUUUAGCCAGAGGAGACGUAAUCAAUGUUCUAAGAAAAAUGAACGAUGGAUGGUACCACGGAGAGAAAAUAAGAGACGGUCAGACCGGUUGGUUCCCAGCCAAUCACACCGUAGAAAUAGUCAACCCUCAUGUGAGGGCAAGGAACCUCAAACAAAGAUAUAGAUUGCUCACGUUUUCUGAAAGUUAUUUAAAGAGGUAGCUCAUCGACAAUUUUUUAUUAUACAAUUU